AUGACGGCUAUUCUGAUGUCAGCCGCUGGACUCCCCGUGCACCUCACCUGUGUGCCGCAAGCUGCCAGCACCCAUAAAGCCACUAAAAAACACAGCUCAGUUAAGGAGGGGAGGAAAGUGUCCAAGAAAGCGACACCAACUGAGCCAGAAGCAGUCGUGAAGAAGUACCUGGAAGAGGUGAAGGGCUCUCCCGCUGAUGAGGACUGUAUCAUCUGCAUGGAGAAGCUGUCCUCCCCCUCAGGUUACGGUGAUGCAUGCGAGUGCAGCACAAUCAAGCCAGAGAUGGUUGGUCGUCUGAAAAACUGCCAGCACUCCUUCCACAUGCUCUGCGUGCUGGCCAUGUACUCCAACGGGAACAAGGAUGGGAGUUUGCAGUGCCCCUCUUGUAAAACCAUCUAUGGAGAGAAAACCGGUACUCAGCCCAAAGGGAAGAUGGAGGUCUCCACUUUUCCCCAGUCCCUCCCUGGCCACAAGGACUGUGGGACAAUCCAGAUUGUGUAUCACAUCAGCAGAGGCAUCCAGGGCCCUGAGCACCCCAACCCUGGGAUGCCUUACACAGCAAGAGGCUUUCCUCGCUAUUGUUACCUACCAGACAAUGAGAAGGGCAGAAAGGUCCUGGAGCUCCUGAGGGUGGCCUGGAAAAGACGCCUGAUUUUCACAGUGGGCACCUCCAGCACCACUGGCGAGAGCAACACGGUGGUGUGGAAUGAGAUCCACCACAAGACAGAGAUGGACACAAACCUGAGCGGCCAUGGCUACCCUGACCCCAACUACCUGGACAAUGUGCUGGCGGAGCUGGCUGCGCAGGGUGUCACCGAGGACUGCCUGAGACAAUGAGCUGGGCCGGGGGCCCGGCUGUGCCGUGCACGUGUCGGGGGCCCACCUAGUGCACUUAUUCCUGUUGCCUUAAGUUCCUGUGUCUGACGGCCUGUCACACUGAGCAAUAACACUGUACCACGGGAGCCCUG